GGGGUUGGAAGGGUCCUUGGCGAUCCGCCAGUCCAAUCCCCCAAAAGCAGGUUCCUCAGAGCACGUUGUAGGUUCCCUUGCAGGAGGCUGCAGGUUCCCCAGAGCAGAAUUCUGGCCAGGCUGGAGUGUGCACUGACGGGAAGAAGCGGUGGCUGUCAGUGCUCACGUUAACACCCUGUUUCCUUAUUGUGAGCAAAAGGCUACAAAUGAACACAACACCAGUGAGGACUGGGGUCUUAUUAUGGAUAUAUGUGACAAAGUUGGAAGUACUCCUAAUGGGGCAAAGGAUUGCCUUAAAGCCAUCAUGAGGAGAGUAAAUCAUAAAGUUCCCCAUGUGGCUCUGCAAGCGCUUACACUUCUAGGAGCCUGUGUAUCAAACUGUGGAAAAAUAUUUCACUUAGAAGUGUGUUCUCGUGAUUUUGCUAGUGAAGCUCGAGGUAUAAUAAAUAAGGCUCAUCCAAAAGUAAGUGAGAAGCUGAAAACUCUAAUGGUGGAGUGGUCAGAAGAAUUUCAGAAAGACCCACAAUGUAGCUUAAUAUCUGCAACUAUUAAAUCUUUAAAAGAAGAAGGUGUAACUUUUCCUGCAGCUGGAUCACAGGCUACCACAAAUGCUGCUAAGAAUGGUUCUUCAUUAAGCAAAAACAAAGAAGAUGAAGAUAUAGCUAAAGCUAUUGAAUUGUCCUUGCAAGAGCAGAAGCAGCAACAAAUGGAAACCAAAUCCUUGUACCCAUCUGCAGACAUUCAGCAAACUAAUCAGAACCUGAGGAAGGUGCGAGCUCUCUAUGACUUUGAAGCUGUCGAGGACAAUGAGCUCACCUUUAAAAGUGGAGAAAUUAUUUUUGUUUUGGAUGACAGUGACACCAAUUGGUGGAAGGGUGAAAAUCAUCGAGGAGUGGGACUGUUUCCAUCUAAUUUUGUGACUUCUGACUUAAAUGUUGAACCCGAGGCAGCAACUGUGGAUAAAAAUUGUGUUUCUGAGGAUGCUACAGAAGAAAUUAAGAAAGCAGAACCUGAGCCAGUUUAUAUAGAUGAGGAUAAGAUGGAUAAAACACUGCAGGUACUUCAGAGUAUAGAUCCUACAGACCUAAAUCUUGAUUCAGAUCUUCUAGACUCAGAAGUUAUAUGUCAACAGAUGGGUCCAAUGAUAGAUGAAAAACUGGAAGAGAUAGAUAGAAAACAUUCCGAAUUAUCUGAAUUGAAUGUGAAAGUUCUAGAAGCUUUGGAGCUCUAUAACAAACUGAUGAAUGAAACACCAAUGUAUUCAGCCUACUCCAAACUCCAUCAUCCUGCACAAUACCCACCUACAUCUUCUGGUGUUUCAGUGCAGUCAUAUCCUGUACAGCCACCUAGUGGAAACUACAUGAUCCAAGGUGUUCACCAAGUCACCAUUUCCCAAGGUUACGGCCUAGGACCCGAUCGGAUGGGGCAGCUCAGGUCUCUGCCUCAAAAUAUCAAUUCUUCUGGAGCAACUCAGCCCGUACAAACUGCUUAUUUAAGCCCAGGACCAGACUCAGUGUUAAGCCAGACAUACGUGACCCAGAGCCCCGGGCUUCCCGCAGCUGCCAGCACAGCGGCGUACAGCCAGCAGCAGCUGGGGGCAUCGGUGGAUAUGGCAGCUUACCAGAGUAACACACCGAGUUUGCCUCAAGGACCAGGUUAUCCCAUGGCACUUCCUGCUCAUUCCGUUCUACAGCAACAAACCAAUUACCAUCAACAGCCUCUCCUUUAAAAACAGACCGGGCUCGUUUCUUAAAACAAUGAAGAGAGAUUGCUGAAUCGAAUGGUUUUUAUUAAUACCUGUCACAGAUAUCAAAACGCAUUUUCCUUUAAAAUAACCCGACGUAGGGUGAUGCUGAAUAACGGUAUGCGUCAGAUCUGAUUGUUAAGCGUUUCCUUAAUGAUAGUUUGAACUAGAUGAGCUGCUGAUUUAAAAUAAUUUCAGAUUGCUUUGAGCCCUUGUUGCAGUGGUUUCAAGAAAUGCCUUUUGCGAGUCUGAAUUUAAGUAAAAAAAAAAAAAAAAAAAAAAUGCCCGAAAUUAAUUUCAUGUGUUUCUAGAAAUGCGAGGGUGCAUAGUCACUGUUCCGUGUUGCUCUCGUUACGCAUCGUCUCCUCUGGUGUCUCACUGUGAUCUUUCCAUCCAAGUAGCUUUACAGAGCCUCUGCUGAUGGAGACACCUCCUCUCCGCGCUGCUGUAGUGAGCUUUACAGUAUGGUGUGUGCUGCCUAACUGGAACAGCUGCACAAGCGAAGCAGAUGAGAGCCGGAAGAGAAAACGGUUCGAUACUGUGACGGAGAACCGCGUGCUUACAGAAAUAGGAGAAAUGACGUUUUUAUAGGGCUGCCUAUUGGAUUUUUGGGAAAGCACAGCUCCUGAUGUGUUUCUCUUGAAAGAAACUGUGGGAGGGGGGCGAGGGAUGUUUGAACUCCCUUGUGGCUUUGGGCAGAGGUGGUACAGCAAGCACACAUUGCCUUUGCACAAGCAUGCAAGGGACGCUCCCGGUGGCCUGUGUGGGUACUCUGGAUACGAGGUGCUGAGCCAGAAACUUGCACGGAAUAGAUUUUCUUUUUCCUUUGUUGUUGUUGUAUGUAGAAGUGAAGGAGAAGUGUAAUUCUGUGUGGUAAAAGGAAGGACUUGAAGCAUGUUUGAUGCUUAGGACUGUGAGACUCUGCCUUUGUUCCAUUUCCAGCGGGGAGGCAAAUGGAACAGGAAUUGUCUCUAUGGGACCAGAGGGUUCUUGCCUCUGCUGGAUUUCCUUUUGUUGCCACCAUUUUCAUGUGUAAAUAAACGCUGGUUACAGUCAGAGAGAAACUCUUAAACCAGGUAAAAAAUCUACUACACACUACAUGUGGGCAGCGACCGGGAUUGUGCUCCUCGUUUGGUGCAAGGAAUCCUUGCAUACUGAGAGCGACAGACGUGUCCGUAGAAAAGAAAUUGCCUUGGAACUGUGGAAAUGUAGCAUUUGGUGGCUAAGAAAAACGUAGGAAUUUCUUCCCUGAUGCACUUUUUAAUGGGUGGGCUCUUUUUCCUUUUCCUUUGACAAGAGGAGCAGGUGAGUUACCCUUCAGGAAUGUGGGAUUUUUUUCUUUUAUUGUUUCAGCCUCUGAAAAAAAAAAAUCACUUCAUUCUCCUGCUUACGUACUCACCUUAGCAGAGUCGUAUUUAUCCAUAUUGGAACAUUGUUACGAUGAGUAAUAAUCUUCAGAUUGGGAAAAUAAUGCACGUAAAUAAGUGAUAAAACAUUUAGUGGAAUGCCUGAAGCUCCAAACGUGUCUAAACGAGCAUGUUUGGUGUGCAACUCUUCUCCCAGAUGAGAACUAGCAGACUGUAGGCUGUUGUUGAGGAUGCAACCAGCCUUCACUCCGUGCCACCUCCAUUUCUUUUGCGUUUUAUGUAAUUCUUUAGUAUCAUGACGUUAUUCACUUGCAGCCUCGUGCUUAUGCAAUGACUGAGGUAUUCAGUACCUGCUCUUCAGAUCACCUUUAUUUAAAUUUGUGCAAUUAGAAGGAAGCUACUGUCUUUCCUUUGACGUGACUUUGUCUGUAUCCUUCCCUCUGAAGUAGUUUGGUGUAAACGACACACGUUGCAAUACUGAAGUAUUUUGAGAACUUUUUUCCUCGCGUUUGUUAAGAGGAGUAAUUAACUUCAAUGCUGCUGUUCAAAAUUCUAAUUGUUUCGAGGUUUUUUUGGUAAGAGUGUACUUUGUUCCAAAUUGGUGCGUAAUCAAACUGAAGCGUGCUGUGAUUUCUGUAGUUUCUCUGUGUUUGUUAGUAAAUGGGAGCAAGGGGUAGGUGUUUUCAUUGGAUUCAAAACUUUGACCCAGCAGAAGUAUCUUAAAUGGAGAUGGCUAGACAGCUGUGAUUUGAUGGCUUUUAGUUAAUUGGUUUGUGGGAUAUAAAUAAUGUACAUACUCAUUUGUCUGAGAUUUUCUACACGGCUACGUAUAUAUGCAUACUGUUAAAGCCUGGAGUUUUAUAAAGGCCAGAUUUGUGAUUGUCGUCUCUUAUAUUCCAAAUCCUGUGAUAUGCAACUUGUAGAUAGUGUAAAAUAAUUUAAUUAUUACUGUAAUGGUGUCUCUAGAGGGCUUUGGUGUUAAGAGGACCGGUUGUUUUUUUCCUCUGCAUACUUCUGUACUUGAUCAUAUUUAUUUUUUAGGCCUGAUUGUAACUGAACACGCUGCCAAAGGAUUUAUCUAACUUCGGAUUUCUACAUUAGGUUUAUACCUACUGUUUUGUAUCAGGAAUCAAUGGUAGAUAACUUCUGCUUUUUCGUAUAAACUCUUAAUGGCUAACGUAGAAAUCGGUGCAACUUUAUAAGGAGAAUUUUCUUGCGAUAGGUUCGUUUCAGGGAUGCUGAGAACCUCUAUACUAGAUGCAUUUUCUUCCAGUAUGAAUUGGCAACCCACGAUGUCUAAGUUACAGUCAGCUGAGAGCAGCAGUUCCAUCCGUCUGCGGUGUCACCAUUCAGGCGUGCUUUGAGAAAUGGUGCUGCUUCGUUAGGGCCUUGAUGUGGCACGUGCCUCGUCUCCUUAAUUUGGUACAAAGAUUACAAUCUGAAGUUGUUUCUGUAGCAGGUAGACCUUCAAGUAACGUCCUGUGCUCGUUCGGCUUUUGUUCAUAGUGUCCAUAGGCGUGUGGGGCGGUGACUCUUUGGAGGCUGUCCUCCAGAAAGGAGCGGCUGAGCUGCAAUCUCUUACCGUAAUUAUUUUCUGAUAGGAAGGUUUAUUUCUUAUUUUUAUCUAUGCAUCUUUUCUAAAAAAAUAAUAGGCACUACUCUUGCUCGCGUCGAACACUGUGACGUAAUUGUAGAAUAAAUAACUUGUUAGAACUUACGGCUUUUACCAGCUAAAUUGUACGUGAAGCUGACAAACUGUUUGGAGUCGAUGGAAAAAGAAAAGUGAAGGGAAAGGAAUAGAGGAGGGGCAGGCUGUGGGUGCUGGUGGCUGUGCUGGAGCUGUGCCAUGUGCCGGCUGCUGAGCGGCCUGGCCUUGCAGUUCACAUGUUCCCGUUCUGUUUGGCGUGGGGCUCGAGGCGAACGUGUGCUGGUUAACUGAGGUAUCACAGUCCUGACAGAAAAAUUACCUUAGAGUUUGCAGUAUUAGGAAUGGGGGGAUCUGUUUUGAUGGAACACUUGGCCUCUCAUCUGCAAUAUGUGUGCAUUGCCUUGUGUGAAUAAACAAAGUUUAUUUAACAAA